AUGAAAAUUCUCAUUUAUUCAAAUAUUCCAAUUGAAAAAUCAACUUCAACAAAUGAACAAGAAUUAAUUUCGACAGGUAAAUCAAUAAUUGUUACUGAUAAUAGACAAAGUACAGACGAAUUAACUGGACUAACUCCAGUAACUGAAUUAGUUAGUCAAAGUUCUGCUUCAUCAUCCGGUAAUCUUCAAAAUAUAAUGUCAAAUCAACAAAAUACAGAAGAUGGAAAAUCUGUUCAAGAUACAACAUCAUUAACACAAUCAAAAACAAAUGAUGAUAAAAAUCUUAACAAAUAA